AUGCACUCUGCCAAUGGGUUCAGCGGCGACCAUUGCCGCUUCUGGAUCUAUGAUGAUGUGACCAAAUGUGGCAGGGUUCUAUACAUUAACUACUAUUUGCCACUGUGUCUGACAGGAUCUGCCGUACUAUUUCUAUUAUACAACGUUUGGUCGCAUUACUAUUACUAUGAUAAACUGCACUUGAAGAAGCCGAGCUUAGUUGACGAGAUUCUGUGCGAUGGAAAUGAUGAUGAGGAGGACAAACCUCUGAUCUCGAACCUGAAUGGGCAUCGCUAUACAGAUGGCAGAGAGUCGCCAACCGGCGAACAGUUGAUGGAAAACCAUUUCUCAAUCGAAAAGCUGAAAUGUGUCAAAACCAAUGGUGAGCCACAUGGUAAGCCGGAAUUUGUGAAAAGAGGAUUUGUGGAGAAAUCGAGGACAAUUGUUGAGUUUCUACUCGUGUUGGCACAAUUUGUGUUCCACUGCUUUGUUUACAUCAACUAUUCCAAGAGGUAUUCGGAGUUUCCUGUUCAAAGUUCCGCGAUGGGCGUACUGCAGUGGGGGUUCCUGCUGGCAAUUGUUUCCCUACGUCUAAUCAAUAUCAAUCAAUCUAUUCACUGGAUUAACAAAUACCCAGGUAACAUUUGGGCUAUUUCUUUUGUUAGCUACUUGUUUUUGUUUGUCUCCAACUUAUUACCGUUUCGUUCCGUAUACAUCGGACACAUUAAGAACAAGCUGGUGAGAAACUACUAUCUAUCGCAAACCUACAUUGAUUUGAUUCUGUUCCUGCUUCUUUUUUUCUCGUCAUCCGGCAACAAGUAUCCUGUGAUCUACAAGACUGACGACGAAAUUAUACCAUCGCCUGAGCCGGUAUCCUCCAUUGCGAGCUUCAUAAGCUGGAGUUGGCUUGACCGCUUUAUCUGGACUGCUCACAAGUCUACCAUCGAGAACAAAGACGUCUGGGGGUUAUCGCUAGAGGACUAUUCAAUUUUCGUCGUAAAGAAAUUCAAGCAUUACACUAAGCGUUUUGGCAAGAAACGAAGCUUUGCUGUAAAUCUAUUGUCUUUCUUUACUAAAUAUAUCGCUUUACAAGGAUUCUGGGCAUGCAUCGAAAGCAUUUUGAGUUUCAUUCCGACUUUGUUGUUGAAGAGAAUCUUGGAAUAUGUUGAGGAUAGAAAGUCUGCUCCGGCUAACCUGGCUUGGUUUUAUGUGUUUUGCAUGUUCUUUUGUAGAGUCUUCGUUGCCAUUUGUCAAGGACAAGCUUUGUUUUUUGGUAGGAGAGUUUGCAUCAGGAUGAAAGCCAUAAUUAUAUCUGAAAUCUAUACAAAGGCUUUGAAGAGAAAAAUCUCCGUGAACUCAGGAAAACAAUCGACAGAUGACAUUGACCCUCAAAAGCUUAACGAUCAAGAGAGAAUAGAUGGUGACGAAGAAUCGUCUUCUUCAGCUAAUUUGGGUGCUAUCAUAAACCUGAUGGCCGUUGAUGCUUUCAAAGUGAGCGAAAUUUGCGCCUAUCUACAUGCAUUUGUAGAAGCCACCGUUAUGGCAUUGGUUGCUAUUAUCUUGCUGUACCAUCUCCUAGGCAUAGCAGCCAUCCUUGGUGCGGUUUUAAUUAUCGUGAUGAUGCCGCUCAACUUCAAAUUGGCCACUUUAUUGGGUAAGUUACAGAAGGAAAAUCUUUCGGUUACUGACAAACGUAUCCAAAAGUUGAACGAAGCCUUCCAAGCUAUUCGCAUCAUUAAGUUCUUCUCUUGGGAGGAGAAUUUCGAAAAAGAUAUAGACGAUAUCAGAGAAACAGAACUGAAGCUUUUGUUGAAAAGAUCUCUCGUUUGGGCGAUGAGCUCUUUCGUUUGGUAUAUCACACCAACAAUCGUUACCAGUGCUGCCUUCUGGUUCUACAUUUACAUUCAGGGCGAAGUUUUAACCACACCAAUCGCCUUCACUGCUCUUUCUCUUUUUUCCUUAUUGCGGACACCAUUGGAUCAACUCUCUGAUAUGUUAAGUUUUGUGAUACAAUCUAAAGUAUCAUUGGACAGAGUUCAAGAGUUUUUAGAAGAAGAUGAUACGCAAAAGUAUAGUCAAUUAAACGUCGCUCAGGACCGAAAAAAGAUUGGAUUCGAAAAUGCAACAGUGACGUGGGAUAAAGACAGACCUGACUUUAAGUUAAAGAAUUUGAAUAUUGAAUUCAAAUUAGGUAAGCUGAACGUUAUUAUUGGACCCACAGGAUCUGGUAAGACUUCGCUUUUAAUGGCAUUGCUCGGAGAGAUGCAUCUGAUGAGUGGUAAGAUAACUGUUCCCUCACUGGAUCCAAGACAGCAGCUAGCUGUGGAAGCUGACGGUAUGACUAAUUCGAUCGCGUACUGUUCACAGGCUGCUUGGCUACUGAAUGACACUGUUAGAAAUAACAUCCUAUUCAAUAGUCCUUAUAAUGAAACAAGGUACGAGGCCGUGGUAGAAGCUUGUGGUUUGAAGCGGGACUUUGCAAUUCUUUCAGCCGGUGACAUGACUGAAAUUGGUGAAAGAGGUAUUACUUUAUCUGGCGGUCAAAAACAGAGAAUUUCAUUAGCACGAUCGCUGUACUCAAAUGCUAGACAUGUUCUUUUGGAUGACUGCUUAAGUGCAGUGGACUCCCAUACCGCGGCAUGGAUUUAUGAUAACUGUAUUACUGGUCCUUUGAUGGAAGGCAGAACAUGCAUUCUCGUUUCACAUAACACAGCACUUACGUUAAAAAAUGCAGAUCUCAUUGUUAUUUUGGAAAAUGGUCAAGUCAAAGAUCAGGGAGAGCCCCUCACUUUGCUUCAAAAUGGUUUGCUGGGUGAGGAUGAACUCGUAAAAAGUAGCAUCCUUUCUAGGCAUAACUCGUCCGUCAAUCUAAAAAGUAAAAGUGAAUUAAGCAUGAAGAACCUAUCCAAGGCUAAGGAAACGGCUAAACCACAGAGGACUGAUGAGGAGCGUGCUAAACAGGGUAAGCUGGUUGAAGAGGAAACCAAAGCACAGGGCACGGUCGGCAUUGGCGUAUACAAAUGGUAUUUGGCAAUUUUUGGAGGUUGGAAGAUGCUCUCCGUUCUAGUUGCGGCUUUUGUGAUUGCGCAAAGCAUUUCCAUUGGGCAAACGUGGUGGGUUCGUAGUUGGGUUUCACACAAUAUCACGUCGAAGCUUAUUGGAUUGGCUCAAAACAUAACCGUUUCUGCUUCUGCCGUCUUCAGCCGAAUGGGCAUUAUCACGAGCUCCUUCAUCUUUCCGCACCACGACGUCGAUGAAAAUACAUCUACUAAACUUCAUUCAACCGUUUAUUACUUGACAAUUUACUUCUUGAUUGGUGUCAUUCAAUCUAUAUUGUCGGCUUUUAAGACGGUUUUAAGCUUUGUUGCUGGGAUAAACGCUUCAAGGAAGAUCUUUAAACGGCUUCUCACAAGAGUCAUGCAUGCCAAACUUCGUUUCUUUGAUGCCACACCAAUAGGUAGAAUUAUGAAUCGGUUUUCUAAGGAUAUGGAGGCCGCGGAUCAGGAACUGACCCCAUUCAUUGAGGGGGCUUUUUAUUCUUUGGUGUCUUGUGUUUCGACAGUCGUUCUGAUCACUUUUAUCACUCCUCAAUUUUUAUCAGUCGCCAUCUUGGUUGCUGUCCUCUAUUACUUAGUUGGUUACUUUUAUUUGACUGGUUCUCGUGAAUUGAAGAGGCUAGAAUCGAUAUCCAGAUCGCCAAUCUAUCAACAUUUCUCAGAAACUCUAGUUGGUGUUACCACUAUUCGUGCAUUUGGUGAUGAGAGUCGAUUCAUGCGCGAAAACCUACAAAAAAUCGACGAGAAUAACAAGCCAUUUUUCUAUUUGUGGGUCGCCAAUAGAUGGUUGUCAUUCAGAAUCGAUUUAAUCGGUGCGCUUGUCGUCCUUGGUUCUGGUAUAUUUAUUCUGUUGAAUAUCGAUCACAUGGACUCGGGUAAGGCAGGUAUUUCUUUGACUUAUGCCAUCACGUUCACCGAAGGUGCGUUGUGGCUAGUGCGUUUGUAUUCGAACGUUGAAAUGAACAUGAACUCAGUUGAGAGACUAAAGGAAUACAUGGAGGUUGACCAAGAGCCUUAUGACCAAUCAACUGUGACUCCUGCAGCGGAAUGGCCACAACAGGGUAGGAUCGAGGUAAAUGAUGUAUCCUUGCGUUAUGCUCCAAACUUACCUAAAGUGAUUAAGAAUAUCUCGUUUACGGUAGAUCCAAAAUCGAAAGUCGGUAUUGUCGGACGGACCGGUGCUGGUAAGUCGACAAUAAUAACGGCUCUAUUCAGAUUCCUAGAUCCUGAAACUGGAAAUAUAAAGAUUGACAAUGUCGACAUUACGUCGGUGGAUUUACAAAGACUCCGUCGCUCGAUAACUAUCAUACCCCAAGACCCUACUUUAUUCACUGGAACCAUAAAAUCGAACCUGGAUCCAUACGACGAAUAUCCCGAUCAGCAGAUAUUCGAGGCUUUGAAACGUGUGAACCUAGUUACUCAGGAGGAACUGGAUAGACCAGCGGAGGGUGCGUCGUCAUCCGUCAAUUCCGACAAUGUGAACAAGUUUUUGAACUUGUACAGCGAGAUAAGUGAGGGUGGUGGAAACAUAUCGCAGGGUCAACGUCAAUUGGUUUGUUUGGCUCGUUCAUUGUUGCGCAGUCCCAAGGUCAUUCUGCUGGAUGAAGCUACAGCUUCAAUUGAUUAUGCAUCGGAUGCUAAAAUACAGCAAACUAUUAGAAAGGAGUUCAGUGGUAACACCAUUUUAACGAUCGCUCACAGAUUGAGAUCUGUUAUUGACUAUGAUAAAAUCCUGGUCAUGGAUGCUGGGGAGGUAAAAGAGUUUGAUCACCCAUAUUCCCUGCUACUAAACAAGAAUAGCAUUUUUUACAGCAUGUGUGAGCAAAGCGGGGAGCUUGAGAGUUUGAUAGAAUCCGCAAAAGAAGCUUUCGUCGAAAAACUAAAUGCCAAGUAA